CGCGAGCAACUUCUACAACACAAACACUCAGUCUGGUCUCAGUUUGACAAAUCCGAACUCUCAAGUUCAUACUUCCUUCUCAUCGACCUUGGACUCUGCAAGCCAUCUUGCCCAAUCAACUGGAACCACUUCGUGCAAACUGUUACUCCAAUUUGUGUCCGACCUUCAACCCCGGAUUUUGACUCCAAACAAAACCGUCUUCGAUCCAUACUGUCAAAAUGUCUACCGUUGGUACAGUUCCCGUCGAGUCGAAGUCGGCGAAGAAGCGUAAGGCGAGAGCCGAGAAAUCGACCUCUGAGAGCGACGCAGCCGCACCAUCAGUUGACGCAACCACGACCGAAGCGCAACCUACCACCAACGGUGUAGAAUCUCAUACCGACAGCUCUAUCGUCAAAGACCUUCAAAAAAACAUUCGCAACAUCCACAAGAAACUGUCUGCUUCCCACAAAGCCGAUGCUGUCAUUGCCGAGAACCCUGAUGUGUCCCUUGAUGACUUGGUGGCACGGAAGAAGCUUAACGCAGAUCAGAAAGCUCAGGUCAUGAAGAAACCUGCCCUCCAAGCUCAACUCGCACAACUCGAAGAACAGCUGCAAGCCUUCCGAAGCUUCGCUCAGGAAAUUGAGGACAAGUUCGCGAAAGAGAAGUCCGGUUUGGUUGAGUCACACGAAGCAGAGAUCGCCAGCAUCAAGGAGAAGAUACUUCAAGAGGCGGAAGACAUCAAGUCCAAAGCAAUCGAGGACGGUCUACGGGUCAUCACACAUUUCUUGCACACCGCAGCAUCCAAACGCCAGUCGGAGGAAGCUGACACUGAAGAAGGUCGUGCUUUUGAAGGCGCUUUGCUGCUGGUGUAUCAAGGAAAUGAGACGUCUCUUGUGACUCUGAAGAACUUGAUCGACGGCACUGAAGAUAAAGUCUCAGAUGUGCAGGGGGAAGCCCUUGACUUCACCUUCGCGCAAAUCAAAGAAUCCUCUCUUCGAGAGGCUCAAGACUUGGUGCAGCCAACGGGCCACGAAGUCGAGGAAGCUCCGGUUGUUGACACCGCAGCUACUACCGAUGAGGUUAAGACUGACAGCACUGUGGCCAAUGCCGGUCUCACUGAGCUUGAGGAUGCUACCGCCACUGCCAUUCCAACCACUGGCGACGAGAAUGCCGAACCUCAAGUCGUACAAGUUCCAGACCAAGCUGCCACGGGUGACGAGGCUGCUAACGCGGUUGCGGAAACUAGCUGGGAUCCUCAAGCUUCACAGGUCACCGAUACAAGCGCAACCAAUGAAGAAUGGGUUCAGGUGCCUCGCGACCCUGCUGAAACCGACACCGGUGUAGCCGCGACCCCAGCUGCCAUGCAUGGAUCAAGCAGUUGGGCCGAAGAGGUUGGGGCCGCUGCUGCAGUCGAAGAAAAGAUCGCCGCCGAGAAUGAUGGCUUCGAGCAAGUUCGUCGUGAGAGAGGUCGGGGUGGCCGGGGCGGUCGUGGCGGCGGUCGUGGCGAUUUCAGAGGACGUGGAAGAGGUGGCGGUCGGGGCGACGGUUUUCGUGGCGGACGUGGAGGAGGAUCAAAAGGCCGUGGUGGACCGCGAGGUGGCCAGAGCUAGAUCUGAUGAUCGAGUUUGGCUGGAUUGAGUGAUCACCUAUGCAGGCAUCCAUGCUGCAUACCUGAGUCUCGAGCAAGUUCCCGCGUCGGUGGUUUUCGCCAGAACUUUACCAGCAACGUUUGCUAUCUGUCUCGUGGUUCUUUAGCAUUGCGUCGGGUCCACGGAUUUCAAAAGCGAGCAGGCCAGCGAAAGGCAAAUUUCGGAAAAGUCAGUAUCGUGGAAUUAUUCUGAGGAUGUACAACCACAUGGGCGUUGGCAAGCAUGUCUCAUUGCAUCCGAACAAUGUACUCUAAGGAUUCAGGAUGGGCAGCAAAAAUGUCCUGGACAAGCGGUGAUAUGAUAGCAGAAAGAGUACGAGGUAAUAUCGAAUGAUGAUAUCGUUGCUGUCCAAAGGCCAG